UGGCCGUGCAAGGUGCCAUAUACAUGUAAAUGCUGACAUGAGGACACCCUGUAGUGGUGGCUUCAACAAAUGUUUGACUAUGUAACUACAGACUGUGCCAGUCCAGAAGGCUAUGACUGGAAAGUAAUAAAACUCCCAUGUAACACAGUAAUCAUCUUGACCUGUGUAAGUAACACAGGAAACUGUGUAGGGGGGCCUUUAACAGUGUGCAAACACGUGGAGAUCCCCCAUGAGCAAGAAAGUAAGUAAUUUUUUUAAUUAUAUGGCACCUUUCAAAACCAAUGUUAAGAGGUACUUUGCAAAAGAAUGAAGAACAAAGACAUUAACAAUCAUUACAGCACUGGUAGCCAGAAUUACAGAGAUAUUACUUGUCUGCCUUCUGUCUCAUACUCACAACACAAGGACCUCACAGGCUUAGAUAGUAAAAUUUACAUUACAGUUUUAUUACACAAGUACAUUUUUGCAAUGACUCUUUAGUCUAUUUCUAGUAAAGUAUGAAAAAGACUGGGGAUUAACUCAAAAUAAAGUAUUAAGAAUAAUUUAGAUCAUUCUAAGAUUGAAAGAAGUUUCGAGCGAGUCGAUCUGUGCAGUUUCACUUACUAGUUUAGCUUCCCAGUAUCCAAAAUAACUGUCUGUUACCCAUCAGGUUUUAUCUGUAUUGGACACCUGCUGAGAAUAUUGAUCCAGUGCUGGUUUCACCAUUUUAGCCAUCAGCAGGCAUCAAGCUCCAAACAACCUCGUGUCACUUUUUAUUGAAUACUAAUUGCAAGCACUAUGGAUCCGAUUGACUGUGAAUAUAAAUCGAUUGCACGAGGUGAGAAAACAAUCAGCUGCAUUUAUACUGUGCCUGCAAUUUAGCUUUGAAUGCAGCAUAUAGAUUAGUGAAUCCUCAUGAAUUCCUAUGUCUUUGUUUAAUUUCCUCUAUGCGAGUAAAUUUUACAUCUUCAAAUAUCAAUAAAGAACAAACUUUGUCAUUCGAGGCUUUAUCUUCUGCCCUUAAAAUGUAUACAUUUCUUGCAGUCCACAGGAAUCUAAUGUACAGGGCUCUUAAAAAUACUGAGACUAAGGUUACUAAGACUAAUUUCAUGAAAGAUAAGAUAAAUUAUUUAAUAUUAGAAGACAUCUGGCAUUAUAAAUAGGCAAACAUUCUCAACAGAAGGGUUUAAACUGCCAUCCGAGAUGCUUUUUUUUUUUUUUUUGCAAUAUUUUAAGCCAAAUCUAAUGUGUCAGAAGUGACAUUAUUGUCAUAAUACUUCUAAAUAAUCAUUAUCAGUGCACUCCUAAAUAUUUAGUCAACAUCUAAAUAUAAUCUGGGUACUUUACAAGCCUACAAUUUCAGUGGCAGCAAAUAAACAGCUAUCUGUUUACAGGCAGACUCUGAAAACCCCUGAUUUCUCCUAAAAGAUACACGAAAGUCCCCGUCCUAGUGAUGUCUACAAAAAAGGGAGAGAGAGAGUCCAAUUUGGGGAGACGGGGCGAUCUCUGAUAUGGAUCAAGUGCCAUCUGUGCACAAUUUACUUUCAGAUCGCGAAUUGCGGAAUUUAAUGAUAUGGGUGAUUAUCGGCGAAUACUUUGAGCCCAUUAGGGGGUCGUGUGAAACGCUAAUAGUGUUUGUGUCACGUGUCUGGUUUGGAGACGGGUGGGGGGGAUAGACGCUUUAAAGACUGCGCUCCGGUCACGGUGCGAGACUGACAGACUGAAGCAGAGGAGUGAACACAAGAGGUGAUCACCGCCACAGAACCCGGUCUGAUGAAGUUUGAAAACAAGGAGCAGACUAAGCUAUGAGAAGUUCCUCUCUAGGCGCGUAAUCGAGCAGCACAUCUAUCUCCAAGAGUCUUUCUGCGUAAAGGAUGCCUCAGCUGAAGAAGUGACAAUGACGUCCAGUCAUAAGAUUUCCUUUUCUAUAGUUGACAUAUUGGAUCCGAACAAAUUCAACAGUAAGAAGGUAAACGAACUUUCCAUCAUCAAGGAGAAGUUGUUAGCUGCGCCAAACGCGGAGAGAACAACUUUGGAGUCGGACAGCACUGCAGGUGGAGACUCCAGACUCGAGCGCACAGAAGCAGAAGAUGCAAGAGAUGAACAAUCUGCACUCUCCAGGCAUCCCGAAGUUGUUGUAGACCCCAUUCUGCUCUCCCCACCUGCGGACACGGAGCCCUGUCUGACCGGGCAACAGGACAGUGUAGACGGGGAGUCAGCGGUCACCUUGCAGGACCAGUCAACGCACAAGCGCCGGCGCCCUGACCAGGCCUGUGCCAAACCACGGCGAGCAAGAACAGCGUUCACUUACGAACAGCUUGUGGCCCUGGAAAACAAGUUCCGCGCAACUCGGUACUUGUCUGUGUGCGAGAGACUAAACCUGGCCUUGUCACUAAGUCUGACCGAAACCCAGGUGAAAAUCUGGUUCCAGAACCGGAGGACCAAGUGGAAAAAGCAGAACCCCGGGGCGGACAGCACCUUGCAGCCCGGCUCCAACUCCCUUAUUAAUGUUAGUCCGAACCCAGCCACGUGUGGGUCGAGCUCUGCCAGCUUCCACCAAACUUUCUCCAACUUCACCUCUGGAAAUGUGAUCUUCCACGCAGCUGGUGGUGUUCCGCUUUCAACCACUGGAGGGCUCCUGCAUCCCUUCAUGUCCAGCGGAUUCGUCCAGCCGUCUUACUUUAAUCCACAUUUAUAAAACAAACCAAGACUGAUAUGUUGCAGCUGGUUAUACUCGGAGAAAAGUGAUUUUUUGUAACACUUUGGGACAAAAUAAAUGCUCAUAUGUUGUCAAACUGACUCACCAAGAUGAGAGUUUAUAAUUAUCAAUGCCCUAUAAAAGGCUAUAUUUCCAAAAUAAGUGACCCAUAACUUGUGAGCUCAACCAUAAUUUAAGCAAUUAUUUAAGUGUUUCUUAGUUCUGCACUAAUAGUUUGUGACUGGAUCUGCCGACACACCCCUCAACAGUUGAUUUGACAGUUCAUAUUCUGUAUCAACAUAUUGUGUUACACCUGAACCUGUGGCAUAUUGGUACACUGUCUCUACCUCCCAAGUGAAUGCACAUCUUUUUCUCUUGUCAUUUAUACAAAAUUAUCAGUGUAACUUAUAAUAAUAAAAAAAACA